UCUCGCGGGGUCCGUGGAACCCGAUGACAACAAACGUCAUGUAUUUUGAGUAAAAUACCCCGAGGAGUGAUGCCCGACUGGUAGUGGUCGUUGAUAUCGCGGGUGUCGUGCCUUUGCGCACCGCGCGUUCUGAUUAUUUGUUGGGUCGACCUUUCCGCUGGAAACUGUGCUGGAUCAUAUCGUUUCCGCAGGAAAACGAUGUCAGGAUAUCGUAGAGUCAACUAUUACGAGCUCUGCAGACUGUGUACCAGUAGCGAGGGCAACAAAAUGAAUAUUUUCCGUGAGGAGGGCCGCAGGAGGCAGCUUCAAAACAAAAUCCAGACUUACCUGCCGAUUCAGGUACUGGAAGAAGACUCCCUUCCAAAGAUUGUGUGCCACGAAUGCGUGAAGAAAUUGGAGAGCUAUAUCGAGUUCCGUGAAACUGUUGUGAGCGCGGAAGGGAUGCUCGAGUCAUACUUUACAUCUCUUCGAUUCUCCGAAGACUUUCUGAAGGAAGGUAAAGUCUACGUUAAAAGUACGGAAAAGGAGAGAGCACCCACUCCGUCUGAAGAAGACCCUCUAAAAUGUGAGGAUAAGGUAAUAGGGCCUCCUAAUAAUCAGACGGCUACGACGGAGCACCAACCGCAACAUCAGCAACCUGUUGUUGUGAGCAAUGUUAAUGCAUCUAAUAUUCAAAUCAUUAGUGGUGUCCAAGCGAGAGUGCAACAAUACAAAUGUGCCAUGCAGAUGCCGUCUGGUGCAGUGGCGGCUGCUGUGGUGGAGGCAACAGCAGAAACGCAUUAUAGUUACCAACAACAAACGUCGCAACAAGUAUCACCACAGCAACAGUCCAAUCCUACCCAAAACCAGAUACCUCAACAGCAGAGUCAAUCGCAACCACCGCAAAUUCAACACGUCCAGAAUCAGAUUCAGAAUCAGAAUCAGAAUCAGAUGUCUCAACAAAUACAAACACGACAGAUCCCGCAGCAACAGAGCCAACCUCCGCAGAUUGUGCAGAAUCCAAAUCAGGUAAACCAACAGCCGCAACAGCAGCAACAGCAACAGCAAAACCAGUCCCAGGUGACGCAACAGAUCCAGCAGAUGCAGCGUCAACAGCGGGAAUUCGAAAAGCAGCGACAACUCCAGCAAAUGGAGAAGCAACAGGUCCAUAUAGUACAGCAGCAACAGGACCAACAGCAAACGCAGAUGCUGCAGCACCAAAAUAACAACGUCAUCAUGAAGAACGAGGACACCGUGGAACAAUCUCAACCGGUAAUUCAGAAGGCGGAGAAGGAUUCUGCCGAUAACGACGGCACCGACAGGAACGUCCAGACAUAUACGACGGUGCAGGCAUCGCCAGAAGUAUUUCUGAGUCUAGGUUUCAAGGAAGGCGCAUUAUCAGCUCACGCGACUCGAGAGGAUAUUAAGGACUUCAAGGAAUACGUGAAGAAUUCUCCGGACGACGGGAUGUCACGGAACUCGAUUGGCCAGAUCUCGGAAUUCCUGCGGAUCAGGUCGGCUCCUGAGCAACCUUCCCUAAUCACGGUCAAUCCCCAGGUGAUAUCGCAGAACAAUCGGAGCACGAUGUGCUGCGACUGCGGGAAAACCUUUCCCUCCUUGAAUCAAAUGAACGGCCACACCUGUACGACCCACUCGCUGAUCAACGAAGUCACCGAGGGAAUCAAGGAGGAAUCUCCUCCGAGCAAUAGCAUCUCCUUCAGCUGCGACGUUUGCGGGAAGCCUUUCAAGAGGAAAGAACACUUGUUCCAACACAGGAAACUGCACACCGGCGAGCGACCUUACGUCUGCACGACCUGUACCAAAGCGUUCAGUCGCAAGGAGCAUCUGGUCAGACACUCGGUCUCGCACACCGGCCAGAAGAUGCACGAGUGCGAGAUGUGCGGCAAGAGUUUUUCACGUAAAGACAACCUCCACAAGCACAGAAAAACCCACGGGGUCUCUGGGCCGUACAUCUGCGAGACCUGUGGGAAGUCCUUCGUGGUGAAACACUACUAUCUCAUGCACCUAACUACGCAUGCACCCACCGUUACGGAUGGUGUUAACUGCCAGGACCCUUUGCCCUACAAGUGCGACAUCUGUCAUAAGGCCUUCUCGGUUAAACAGUACCUCACCACGCACAAGCUGCGACACAGGUCCAAGAACAGCGCCAAUCAUGGCCAGAGCUCCGCCAACGUGCAACAGCAGCAGCAGCAACAACAACCGCAGCCUCAACAACAAACCGGUGCAACAAACGGCGUGACCGUUCCCGGAAAUGGCGUUAACGACUCCUCGCAUAUUAACGGCACCGCUGCGCAGCCGAGUAACGCCUCUGUCGUCGAGAUCCAGAAUGUAGUAGAGAGGAGCGAACAGCCAAACGGGUCGUUCGGUAGUAACCAUUACCACGGAAACGUACAACAGUUCCAAUGAGAUAAGGGGAAGCGUGUCUAUUACGUUCUCUUACCGAAUGGCAAUAAUCACAAGAUCGUUGUCGUCUAGUCGGCGGGAACUAUAAGACACGCGGUCGAUCGUGCCCGUACUUAGCGAUAUACUUCUCUGGUACGGGCUGGUUCUCUUUCGCCCUGGGAAGAAACUUGGCAUCUAGAUUAGGUUCGGAGCUGUUUGCUUUUACCGUUGAAACCAGACGAUAGAUAAAACGAGUAAUCAUUUACCGGUGAAGAGGAAAGAAAGGGUACAAGCGUGGAAAAAAGAAUCGAAAUGCACUCUGGUUAUCGGGUUGCGGUAAACCUGUUACAGAGCUAAAUCGUUAUACAUGAUUAGUACAUAAUGUAUGAUUUAUUAUAUUGUACCGCGACGGAUUUACCGUAGUUAGAGCUUGUGUCCAUGAUGCUAGAGCUCGGUCCGAUAUCUCGGAUGAAAAUGCAUCCUGUCCCAUUUUUCUAUGAUAGCUGAAAUCUUCAUGUCAUGCUAUAUCCAAUACCGUUCCGCGUACCAUAUUACAUUUAACUUCACUUCGUAUAUGUGACGUGGACACGAGCUCUUGAAAUUUUGCAACCAAUCCGGAGUAUGACUUUGAUUAGUUUAAGAUAUCGUUAUAUCUUUUCAUAUACACAUGUAGAUAUUUAUUGCAUUGGGGUGUUUAGUAGAGAACGUAGGGAGAAAAUCAUUUUGAAACUUGCCGAUUAAAUUUUAUGCAUAUACGUAUGCGUUGUUAAUAGAAGUCUGUUUCUGACAUUCGUGUUCUUUAAAACGUAGAUGAUUUUUCUUUUUUAAAUUUAGUGUACCGCGUUUUACCGGUAAAUGCGGCCAGCUCCGAGACAGCUAAAAGUCUGUAUUCCUGUAGGAAGUCGAAUUUUCGUGGCUUAUGAGACUGUUCGAAUGGAGUAGAGAACACGGUAGAUAUUUUAUCAGAGAAGUAUUACCUAUUCUAUGUUUAAGCUCGAGAUCGCACGGAUAUACACGAGGGGAGACGAUUUUCUCCCUCUCGGGCGGUGUCGAGGGCACGAAGUCAAAGGCUUAGAGGCGAAGUCUCGGGCGUGUUAUAUUUCGAACCUAUUUCUAGUUUCUUCGAACAUUUAAUAGGCUGAAGACGUAACGAGCAUAUUAUGGCCGUUAUUAAACUAUUUUUUCAGAAGAUUAUACCAGAAUGGCACUGAGAUAUUUUAUAUCGGGUCCCGGGCAUUCUUUUCGCCGAUCGGGAGAACCUAGUGAUAUAUUUUCUGGUACAGGAAUACAUACACACACUUUUUGAGAGCCACGGAUCGGGGAAUGAAUUCUCGAGUUAUUAGCGAUUAUACAGUUUUCCUACAGUUGUCGACGUUAGAUGAUGCAGUUCGACGUGGUUAAAAAGUGCGCGGACAAACUUAAACGUUUAAAAAAAAAAAAGAACAAGGAACGAGGAACACUUUGAAUCGCCACUUGCCGUUACUUGGCAGGUGGGCGAGGCGUGGAAAUGCAAGGAUCGGCAGAAAAAAAGAAAAGUUGGUUGUGCAUUUUUUAACCACUCCGGUGAAACCGUAAAUGGACUUUCUCUGAAACACGGAAGAUUCGUCACAGGAAUUUGGUGAACAUUGAAAAGUAAAUGCUUGCGCGAACGACGUUUAACGUUACUUCAAUGCCAAUGAGACAGCAGGGCAUUAAAUGGGCGGGUAAAUGAUUUCAAAGGUGUGCAAUAAUUCGAUAAACAAGUAUUUGCAAGGUCAAUUAUCCGCAGGAACCAUCGGGUGCAAUUUGUUCGGUUGAAUGAGUAAACUCCUAGCCGCCGUGGCUCUUCGAUGAGAAACGUACUACGAAUGACCUGUUUGAUAGGUAACCACUUUAGGAUUAUUAUACAUAAGGAUUUUAAGACCAAAGAAUAUUAUAUUGCGUAUAGAACGUACGCAUGACUAUAAUAUUAAGGCAUAGUAGGUACGAGUAUAUAAGAUUGUACGAGAGUAUUUACUCUUUUGAAAGACUCAAUAGAUGCUUAGUGUGCCAUUGACCAAAAUCAAAGUUUAUCGCCAGGAUUCGCAUUUCAAGGUGGGAAGGGCUGAGCACGAUUGUAUCCUUAGUACUAUCGUUACCACAUUAUUUCAGCACGACUUUACACGUUGCUAUGCAGAUGCGAAGGAAAUUAUUCUGUUCUAAAAUCGUGUUCUUUGUUCGGAGAAAAUUAUAUCCGAAAUACGUGUUUUCGGAUGGUCCUUGAAGCAUUGGCAUCCAAACGUCGUCCCUUUCCUUUUGAGUUCAUAUUUUAUUAUUUCACUUAAUUAAGUGGUUGACGACCGUAAAUCAUGUUAUUAAAUUGUAGGUUUAUUGAUCCCACAAAAUGCGAUUUUUUGUUAUAUAUGUGGUGUCCAUUUAAACAAUUACAACAUGUCUUGGGAACACCUCUGUAAAAAACAUUUGGUAUUGGGUGGAGGCGCUGGUGUUCAGUCCUACUUUUAGGCUCAACUUGCCCCUGAAAUAGGAAUCCUGAAUAUGAACGAUCCCUCCCCUAAUUACAACGUAGCCUACUGUGGAAAUGUCAAUACAUCCUACUUAAUUUAUAUGUCGCAUGGUAGUAUGUUUCCCAAGGAUGCCUUUUAUUUAUUACCAAGGACGGCUGCUUUUACACGAACUUGACCGUUCAUCUACAUGAAAGGGACAUUGACAUAAAACUAAUCGAGAGAAUGUAACAUUUUACGUAAAUGAUUUAAUUUAUUUUUUGUACAAUGGUGAAAAGUAUUUUUGGUUAUUAACGCAGAUGGAUGUGUUAGCGUUAUUUUUAACUGCUAUCUUGAUUUCGUAUACACUUGUGAGAUGAAAAUUUUUCUAUCACGGUUGAAAUGUUACAUCUGAAAAUACGAAGGCCGCCGACCCAGUUUGUAACAAUGGGCAUAAAUAAACAACUGCACCGGUUUAUUAAUUAACUUUUAAGUAUUCCAGUGGUAGUCCCGAAAAGAUUCUGUGAAUAGUUUAGGGUGAUUUAUGAUACACUUAUGUAUUAUCAUAUUCGAAUCGUGCCAUGUAAAUACAGUGGUUUUACAAUUUAUUUUCUUAGAAGUGGUAUGCUUUAGAGAAAUCGUAAAGGCUUUAUCUUACUUAUAUUAUUAGCUUUUCUUCUUCUCCGUUUGUACGCAUUCUUGAGAGAAUAUAUUAACGAAGUGUUAUCUAAAUAGUUGAGAAGGAAAUUAUUUGUUUCUAUCAAGAAACCUCCAGUCUUAAAAUACAUCUUUAUUUUUGUAAUGGUUAAUAUUAGGAGUGUAUGUCGAAAAUAAGACUCGGAAAUAUGAAUGAUUCAAUGUUAAAACAUAAGAAUUGUUUAAAGCAAUUUUAUGAAGAUUUCUUGCAUCUUGACUUUUAGGAACGAUUUAUGCAUCUAAACAUUAGAAACUAGAGAAACAAGGGCGUGCGAGAAAAUUUUUAUCUUUUGUAUUCGACACUUACUAGUUAUAGGCAGUAUUUGUUUUUUCUUUCUAGAAUACAGUCAAAUGAUUUAGUGGGUCUCAACGCAAUAGUCAAAGAAGCGAUAAAUGAUUUCAAUAAAAAAAAACUUGUAAUUUAAGUGGAUUUUGUUAA